AUGAACUCGGCCCGUUCAAAACGCUCAAACUUCGUUCUAUACUGACUAGCUUUUCGCUAACCUCACUCACUCACUCUUCUAGAAUUCUCUCUGGCUGUUUCCAGUAAAAAAAAGGGAUGUCAAGUGGAGGAACAUACUGGUGUUACACAUGCAGGCAGCCAAUCAGGAUUGCUGGGAGGGAUGCCAUUUGCCCUUACUGCAAUGAAGGCUUCUUGCAAGAACUUGAUGACGUGCAAGGGGCAGUGGGGCAAAGAGGUUCUGAACCAAGAAAUGGGUUCAGAGAUGCUGUUGAUAACUUCAUGAGGCAGAUAAUGGGUGGAAGAUACAUAAACUUUGGCAUUCGAAUUGGGAGGUCUGGUUCUACCCAACUUCCUCAACGGACUUGGAGUGUGUUUAUAUUUCCUAGUCAAGAGUCUAGUGCUGAUCUGGAAGAAUUCUCUUAUCAACACGUUACACAUUACCAGUUUGGUGCGUCACAAUCUUCAAUUAAUGCAGUGCCAACUAUUAAGAUCACGCGUGAACAGCUCAAUUUUGAUUCACUGUGUCCAGUUUGUAUAGAAAGAUUUGAAGUGGGUUCUGAGGCCAGGAAGAUGCCAUGUGACCACAUUUACCACUCAGACUGUAUUGUUCUAUGGUUAGUUCGCCAUAACUCGUGUCCUGUUUGCCGAAGAAAGCUGCUUCCUGAAAGACAUUCUAGUUCUCGUGGUAGUCAAAUUUGGGGAAGAAAUCAUGCCAGUGGUAAUAGUGACAAUGCUAUCUCUAGGGGCAGGGAGAAUAGACAGCUCAACAAUGGAUGGAGGAAUCUACUAUCAUUUUUUACUUUUUGUACCCAUUCUGUUCUUCUAAUUCAGAUACUCAAUCGUUUAUGUUGAGACUGGGGAUACUACUCUUCUAUAACUCUUUGACCAGAACA